AUGGUUAGAACUAGAAGUCUCGGACGGGCUUUAGACCAAGCAAUAGGAAAAGCCCUAGGGAAGAGAGAGGCUAGUGAUGAUGAUAAUGAUGCCCCCAAGCGGAACGUCAUAGAGCUUAAGCUAUUUUCCCAUGGAAGGAAGAUGACUAAGUUCGGCAGGCCUGCUCCAAAGAUUGAAGGCCUUGUGGCUACUAGCAGACUAAGUCCUUUGAUCGCAUGUUCCCUAGAUACCAUCGAUCGAGGACUUAUGUUUGCUUUCGUGGAACGCUGGCAUAAGGAAACUAGUAGUUUCCAUUUGCCUGUAGGAGAGGUGACUAUCACCUUGGAUGACGUGGCAUCGUUGCUACAUUUGUCGAUCAUAGGGGUGUUCCAUAGCUUCGCGUUGCUUCAUAUCGACGAUGUUGUUUAUAUGUUGGUGGAAUUACUUGAGACAAAAAUCAACGCAUGUCACUGGAUCAUAGCAGUGCGAGCAUAUUUGUUGCAUCUGCUUGGAUGCACACUCUUUGCUAACAAGAGUGCCACACACAUGCACGUUGUAUUCUUGGAUGCACCACGUGACUUAACACAGAGUGGGACUUACGCUUGGGGCAUUGCUGCACUUGUGUAUAUUAUUUGCAUCUAUGAGCAUUUCCUGUAUAUUGGUUCCGCCAUAGCUGCUGAGGAUUAUGACGAGCGGAGACUGCAUGCAUGCCGAUGGACCUCUAGCAAGACAUUACCCGUGUCGACGUAUUGUAGGGGUCUAGACAGACUAACCCCUGAUGUUGUGUGUUGGAUUCCAUAUGGUGACCACCAUUCAUUUAGAGAAUUUAAGGUCAUCUCCUUGUUUUCCGGCCAUCUCAGAUGGGGCCCCUUGACGGUCAUUCAUCGACCGGAGAGUGUUGUACGACAGUUUGGGUACAUCCAGACCAUUCUGCCACAUCCUGCUACGCCUUUGAUUUCUGUUGAAGAAAUGGAUGAUAGAUGGAUGUAG